UAAGGUACAGUUUAUAAAUUUUAGAUACAUUUUAUAGAAGUUAAUUUGUAUCUUCUAAUUUAUUGAUAUUUUUCUAUUUAAUUACAGCCUCUUGGAAAUUUGAAAUUAAUGGACCUCAACUACUCUGAUGACCUGAUCAGGAUUCCGAACCUGUCUAGUAUUGCCCCAAAUCUCGAGUUUUUAUAUUUGGAAGGAUGUAAGAGCUUGGUUGAAACUCCCUCUCUUCAAAAUCUGAGCAAGCUUACUGAACUUCAUCUAAGUGAUUGCUGCAAAAUCAAAGAUUGUCCAGAGAUUCCGUGUAAUAUAAGGAUUCUAAAAUUAGACGGAACUGGAAUAGAACAACUGCCCUCAUCAAUUAAGCAUCUGUCUCAACUUGUCAUAUUGUCCUUGGAUCAGUGUACAGCACUCGAGAGUCUUCCAAGCAGCAUUGGCAAUUUGAAACGUCUUGAAGAACUUCAUCUAGCUGAAUGUUCAAGACUCGUGACUAUUCCAAGCAGCAUAGGCGAGUUGAAAUGUCUUGAAAAGUUAUUUCUCCCGAAUUGCUCAAAUUUAGCAAGUCUUCCUGAAAGCAUCAAACAACUUUCGAAGUUGAAACGGCUUAAUUUAAGAAGUUGCGAGAGACUUAAAAGUUUACCAGGGCUUCCAUCAUGCUUAGAAUUAUUACGUGCAAAUGAUUGCCGCUCUCUGGAAUCUGCAUCAAUUUCUUUCAAUUUCUUAGAACAUGAUGAUGAAAAUGAAGAAGCAGAUAGAAGUGAACAUGAAAAUGAAGAAGCACAUAAAAGUGAAUCUGAAGAUUGCAAAUUUCUUAAUUUUAGUAGUUGCGUCAAAUUGAAUAAGAAAGUAAUGGAGGAUGUUUUUGAAGCGCACCUGUUGGGUCAGAAAGUUACAUUAUUGAUGGCAGGAGGUGAAGUGCCAGAAAGGAUGAGGUAUAAGAAUAAAGGAUCCUCGCUUUCCUUCAAACUUGACCUUCGUCACUUAAUUGCCUUCUCUUUCUGCGUUGUUCUUCGUCCCAGCCGUUUUAUUCAUUUUCCUCGAUUUGAAGUGGAUUUCAUAUGGGAAUCUGGAAAUAGGCGGGAACGUAAUGCGUUCAACUUAUAUAGCGAUAAGGUCGUUGCGAAUUGGAAUGCAGGUCCGUAUAGUUCGGACUCAUCACACAUGUUGCUUUCAUUCAAUGGAUUGAGGACACGUUUUGAUGAAGAGUUUUUCGUUAAGGCCUCAUUUUGCUUCAUCGAUAACCAUCUCUGGCCGGAAAUUAUGGAGUGUGGGGUCCAUCCUAUAUAUCGUAGAGAUAAAAGGAGAAGCAGAAAUGAAAAGCAUCAAGAUGACGAGGAAUGCCAAUCACUUCUUCAAAUAUUGGAAGACAAAUAGAAGAGAAGAAGAAUAAAUAAUGAGGAGGAAGCUUUUUCUUCAUCUUCACUCAAUCGAAAUCUCUCUCUAUCUCUUCCUGCUUCCUCUUAACCAAACCCCACUCACUUUCACAACAGCUCUAUCAUCUGCCGCUCUAUUGUCAUUUGAGAGAGGGAAGACUAUACAGGAGAAUAAUUAAGCUCAAAUCAGGGGAAAAACAACAGGUGAAAUGAUAAAUAGUAUCUUCGUUAUAUGUAAUGUGAACAAUAUUACAAUAUAAUAUGUUGUUAUGUGAACAUAUAAUCUAUUCUGUCAUCCACAUUACAACAUUA